GAAAAGUUUUUAAAAUAAAGGGAAAGUGGACGCCAUUUCCUGUGACUUAGACCAGGAACCACUACGGUGUCAGAGAGAAAAAACGGAAGCUUCCUGCAAAGAUUCAGUGGAAUUUUCACUAUCUCCAUCUUUCUUUUAACGAAUAUGUACAAAAUCAGCAGCCUUGGCUACUUAUUAAAUCUUGUGAAGGUGGACUUCAUAAGCAAAUCUUGCAGGAUAGAUGUUUGUGCAAACUCCUUAGCUGAUUGAAACAUUACGUGUUUUGGAUAUCUCCUGAUACAUACUUGCCAUAGGUGGUGAUGCACUCUAUGGUAAUGCAUAGGUACCUUUGGUGCUGCAUUAUAUUUGGAUAUCUUCAUACAUCUUUCAUUUCAGGACAGCAUAGGAAUAGGAGCACUGGCUCAGAAGACCAGCUAGGUCAAUCUGGGUCCCUUGUGAGUGAUUUUUCUCAAUUGCAUCACUCUGUAUCUGUUCAAAUAUCAUCUCCAUCAUUUCCAUUGAAUGAGUCAGUAUCUUGUGAGGACUUGGACGGUGUAGGAUCGUUUAAUACCACAUGCUUGCUAAGUUCAACUUUUUAUUUGGAUUCUGAUAUUCACAUAUAUGGAGUUGGAAACCUGGAGAUUCUCCCUCAUGCUUCAAUAUCAUGUCCUAUGGAAGGAUGCACAAUAAUAUUCAAUAUGUCCGGUAACAUUAAACUUGGUCAAUAUGCAUCUAUUGUUGCUGGUUCUGUGGUUUUGUCAGCAGCCAAUAUGUCUAUGGAAUAUGGUUCAUCUAUUAACACAUCAUCUUUGGGUGGGGCACCACCUUCCCAAACUAGCGGCACACCUUUUGGCUAUGAUGGAGCUGGUGGAGGGCAUGGUGGACGUGGAGCAUCCUGUUUAAAAGAUAAUACCACAAACUGGGGUGGUGAUGUUUAUGCUUGGUCUACUUUGUCUGAACCAUGGUGUUAUGGCAGUAAGGGUGGUGGAAAAUCUGCUCAGAAAAAACUUGGAGGGAAUGGUGGGGGACGUAUUAAGGUUAUAGUGAAUGACACCUUGUUUGUAAAUGGCUCUGUUACUGCAGAAGGUGGAGAUGGUGGGUCUGAUGGGGGAGGCGGGUCUGGUGGAAGUAUCAUAAUACAUGCCUUAAAGCUGAAGGGAUAUGGUAUUAUCAGUGCUGCUGGUGGGAAGGGAUGGGGUGGCGGUGGUGGAGGAAGAAUAUCACUUGAUUGUUACAGCAUACAAGAAGAUUUAAAAGUUUCUGUCCAUGGAGGUUUGAGUAUUGGCUGUCCUGGAAAUUCUGGAGCUGCUGGAACAUAUUUCAAUGCAAAUUUACUAAGUCUGAGAGUCAGCAAUGAUAAUCUCACAACAGAAACUGAUACUCCAUUGCUUGACUUCUCAACCCGCCCGCUCUGGUCAAAUGUUUAUGUGGAGAAUCAUGCAAAAGUUUUGGUUCCUCUUGUUUGGUCCAGAGUUCAGGUAAGAGGCCAAAUUAGUGUAUAUCGUGGAGGAAGCAUAAUCUUUGGGUUGUCCGAUUAUCCAAUUUCUGAAUUUGAGCUCGUUGCAGAAGAGCUUUUAAUGAGUGAUUCCAUCAUAAAGGUUUUUGGUGCCUUUAGAGUUGCUAUUAAAAUGUUACUCAUGUGGAACUCCAAAAUCCAAAUUGAUGGUGGUGAAGAUAGGGUUGUUACUGCUUCAGUCCUUGAAGUCAGGAAUCUGGUUGUUUUAAGGCAAAACUCUACCAUAAGUUCAAAUGCAAACUUAGGUUUAUAUGGUCAAGGUCUACUGAGGUUGACCGGUCAUGGGGAUGCAAUCAAAGGCCAGCGACUUUCCUUGUCUCUAUUUUAUAAUAUAACUGUUGGCCCAGGUUCUUUACUUCAGGCUCCUUUGGAUGACAAUGAAAGUAGAGGCUUGGUCACAAAAAGUCUUUGUGAGACACAAAGUUGUCCUGUAGAUUUGAUUACUCCACCUGACGAUUGCCAUGUCAAUUAUACACUCUCUUUCUCACUUCAAAUAUGUCGUGUUGAGGAUAUUCUUGUAAAUGGCAUUAUGAAGGGAAGUGUAAUUCACAUCCACAGGGCAAGGACUGUCAUUGUUGAUGCUGAUGGCAUGAUUACAGCCUCUGGGUUAGGUUGCACUGGAGGUAUUGGAAAGGGAAACUUGAAUGGAGCUGGUGGUGGAGCUGGUUAUGGUGGAAGAGGAGGGUCUGGAUAUUUCAAUGGGGGAGAGAGUAGUGGUGGUAGUGUAUAUGGCAAUGCCAGUCUUCCAUGUGAGCUGGGCAGCGGAACCAAAGGCCCUGAUGAAUCAUAUGGCCAAGUGAUUGGAGGGGGAAUGAUUGUGAUGGGAUCCAUUCAGUGGCCACUUUUGAGGGUUGACCUUUAUGGAUCUAUGAGGGCUGACGGUCAAAGCUUUAGCAAAGUAAUGCGAAAUAGUGAUGGUUCUUUGGUUGGUGGUCUUGGAGGGGGUUCUGGCGGGACAGUACUUAUUUUCCUUCAAGAACUCAGGCUGUUGGACAAUUCAUCCCUAACUGUUGUUGGUGGCAAUGGUGGCCUUCUUGGUGGCGGUGGUGGUGGGGGAGGGAGAAUUCAUUUCCACUGGUCAAAGAUUGGUGCUGGUGAAGAGUAUGUUCCUGUUGCCAGUAUACAUGGCCUAAUGAACAGCAGUGGAGGUGCUGGGAAUAAUGGUGGCCAUCAUGGAAUGGGGGGUACCAUUACAGGGAAAGAAUGCCCCAAGGGCCUCUAUGGCAUUUUUUUUUCAGGAAUGCCCAAUUGGUACUUACAAAGAUGUUGAUGGCUCUGAUAUGAAUCUUUGCAUUCCUUGUCCUAUUGAUCUUCUUCCCAAUCGUGCAAAUUUCAUAUAUAUACGAGGU